CUGAAACAGGAGAUACGCACCAACAGGACCUGUCGCUCCGCUUCGACUGAAACGUAUAGAAAAUAUGAGCCGAGACAGCUACAGACAUUUGGAGUAACUUCUCGUCAAGAAGCGUGGGAGCCUCGUCGGUCCUGACACAAAGGAUUUUCUAGUUUUUGUGUCAAGCCUAGGGGGGAACUAGAGUUACGGUUUACCCCUUCCUUAGCCCCUUGUAGCUAGCUGUGGCUCAUUCCUUGUUUUUGCACACUUUGUGUUAGUCUGUUAUGCAGUUGCCAGUGGACUGUAGUCGCACUCGUUCUCCUCCGCCACCUCUUCGCUCCCUCUCCCCGCUUUCUCUGGCCCUAUGUCUCGCUGGCUUUUCCCCUGGUCGGGCUCAAUCAAGAAGCGGGCCUGUCGAUACCUCUUGCAGCACUACCUCGGUCACUUUUUGCAGGAACGACUGAGCCUGGACCAGCUGGGGUUGGACCUGUACAACGGCAGCGGUGUCAUCAAGGAAAUCAACCUCGAUGUCUGGGCGGUCAAUGAGCUUUUGGAGUCUCUGGGAGCUCCUCUGGAGAUAGUGGAUGGCUUCGUGAGCAGCAUAGCAGUGACCAUCCCCUGGCAAGCUCUCCUGACUGAUCACUGCACCUUAGAAGUUUCUGGUCUUCAGAUAACAUGUCGACCCAAGUACCGGACCAGUGGGGGUUGGGACUCCCAGGGUUGGUCAUCCAGCAUGACCUCCAGCAUGCAGCUGGCUCAGGAGUGCCUGAAGGACCCCCCGGAGGCGUCCGAGGAGCCACCUGCCCCGCUGGAGGGGCUUGAGAUGUUUGCACAAACCAUUGAGACGGUCCUUCGUCGUAUUAAAGUCACCUUUCUAGACACUAUUGUCCGCAUCGAGCACCAGCCCCUGGACCUGGAUACAGGCGUUGCCUUAGAGGUGCACAUCAAACGGCUGGAGUACUUUGAUGAGGCGGUGCGAGAUCCAGCUAGCCAGACUGCCGUGCCUGUCGACAUCCACCAGCCGCCUGCCUUCCUGCACAAGAUCCUCCAGCUGAGCGCUGUUCAGCUGUUUUAUGACAGCACUGGCACAGUACAGAGUCCUCCUGAGGAGGAACACCAAGAUUCAGCAGCAGCAAGUGAAGGAGAGGAGGAGCAGGAGGAGGAGGGGGAAGAUGAAGAUGAGGAGGAAGAGGAAGAGGCAAAGCCCCUGGCAGCCCCUCACUGUCCUCCAUCUCAGCCACUGCUCAUAGGAAGCUGCUCCGGUUUCAUUGAGACCAUAGUCAAGAUCAAACAGAACGACAUGCUACCUGGACCAAAGUUGGAGUUGGAUGGGAAGGUAGGCUGUGUCCACAUGCUGCUGUCUCCAGAUCAAAUAACCCAUCUGACAGACCUGCUGGCAGCCCUCUGCAUAGACACUGAGCUAGAGACCAAGUGUGGUGGAAUACACAGCCGCCCGUUAGACUCAGACGACCUGCGUAUGAUUGAGGAGGACCUCAGUAAGCAGCUGGGCUCCAGUCCCAGAGACAGGGAGUGGGAUAUGGAGGCUGACCUGGAACCCUAUGUCACCGGUUUGGAGAAUGGAGAAAUGUUUUACUCUAUGGGUCCUGGUGGGAUGAGCAGUAGUGUGACGUCUGUGCGCUCCGGCAGCGAGAUGUCAGACAGUGAUAUGGAGUCCUCUACACACAGUGUAGCCAGCUUCACGCAGCCUGCAGCACUGACUGCACAGGGCAUGGUGAACUGUUCCAGGCGAUAUCCUGUAGCGGGCUGCCUGUCAAGUCUACCGCAGGCCAGCAGCCGGACCAGAGGACGCUCACACAGCGGCCAGGCAGAGCAGCUGAAGCCUGAUGCUUUGUUGCGCGUGACGCUUGGCGGGCUCACACUAACCCUGCUGCAGGAGGACCUGCCCUCUACCCUCGAUGGAGCCUCGUCAUUGGCUCAGGUGUCUCAGGUGUUCUUCCGGGAGUUGGCCUUCUUCAAAGACAGCAUGUUCAGCGAGAGAGACUUCCACCAUCUGAGAGGUGGCUUUGCCAAGGCCUGCCCACACUCUCAUCUCAGACUGACAGGAGCAGCAGUGCAGGUUGCUUUUGAGAUGAAGAGCGGGAGACGCCACAGUCGAGCUGUGACCUCUGACCUCUCCUUCAGCAGAAUGGAGCUGUUAGAGUGCCUCUGGGAGGACGGAAAGCCUCAGUACAGCGAGUUGCUUCAGUUCCAGAAAUCUGGUUUGUUCACAAUUGGAGCAGCAGCCAGACCAUGUGCCCAACUACACUACAGCCUCAGUGAAAAACACCUGCGUAAGGGUAAACAGCGGGUGGUGCGGCGGGACAGUGUGGUGCGAGUGGAGCUGGCAGAGCUGAGUGCAGAGCUGGACCUCGACAUCCUCAGUCGCCUGGGGAGCCUGAGCAAAGCCUUCAGCCACUGCCCCACACAGACUGCUGGACCUGGACUCACACAGACCCAGAGCAGUGAGCUGUGGUCCUCCUUCACCCUCCUCUCCCCACACGCCAUCCUCAAGCUUCGCUUCCCCAUACCCGACCUGCGGCCCCUCCCUAAGCGCCGGCCUCCAACUCAGAGGGCGGUGCGGCAGGAGACCUUGGUGCUGGAGUUGAUGGAGCUGGAACUGAAGCACCAGGAGGCCCCAGACCUCCAGGGCGGCCAGACCGCCCCAGGACAGCCAUGGGCUCCCUGCCUCACCCAGCUGCUGGAGGCCUCCUUCAGCGACCUGCAUGGGUCGUAUGAGGGCUGGGAGGGCGGCUCUUUCCCCUGUAUCAGAGUGAAGAAGAACUGUGACUCUCUGCCCAGGAUAUCAGUGCAUGUGCGUGGAGGUGAGGCUCAGGGCCCAGCAGCAGGUCUGAGUGGGAUGAACCUGGGCCUCAUCGGCGACCUGGGAUCCGCCUUCUUUGAAAGUCACUGUGAACUCAACAACAAAACCAGCUCGCCGUUCUCCUCCAACCGCACCAUGUUUGAGACUGAGGAGAUGGUGAUACCAGCCGACCCGGAGGAGAUGCGUCAGUUUCAGGCGCAGUGCGUCGCUCAGUGUCAGUGUGCUGUGGACAUCAGCCUGCCACUGGCCUACAUCCUCCUGCCCAGCAAACAGGCCUUCCAGAGCGUCUACAACAGGAUCAACAAUGAUCUGUUGAUGUGGGAGCCGCCUCCCCCUCCUCCCCCCUCGGCCCACAGCCCCGAUCAUGGCCGCCAUCGUCACGAUGAGUUCCAGCUCUGCAAGUCAGCCUUUAGACUGGACUCUGAUUCAGAAGAGGACGAUCCUCAGUUCUUUUUGGCCAGCGAAUCAUCUGGAAGGACACAACAGUCAGCUCUUCGCCCAAACCACAACCUCAGCCUCCUCUCCCUCACUGUGAUUAUUGGCAAAGGACGCCUUCAAGCCAGAACAGACAAGAAGGAGGACGAGAGUCAUGGGGAGAUUGUGCUCGACUUGGAAGGAGGGAAGAUAUUCAGCGUGGCGCAGCACCAGAACGACCCUAAUCUCAAUUUUUUGUGUCUGGAGAGCAGACGAGUGGAGCUCUACCACCGAGCGGUGGUGAAAGACACCCCCAUCCCACAACGGUUGGAGAUGCCCAGCUUCACUCCACCAAAACAUUUGGACCCCACCAUCUACCCCACAGAGGUGGGUGUGAGCAGCGUGAGCGGCAGGGAGGGGGAGCUACAGAUGUUAUCUACAGCCAUCAAAAUCACACUGGACCUCCAGAGGAAUGUCAAGGAGUUCCUAGUCGCCCUUCGACUUCAAGGUGCUACAAUGCGACAUUACAUGACGCAGACCAAUCAGAGCUGGCACGAGCAGCUGGUUGACUUCCUGGAUGUUAUUGAUGAUCCCAUUCUGGGCUACACAGCACCUGCCGUCAUCACUGUCCUCCACACACACCUCGUUACCUGUGCCGUCGACUACAGACCUCUGUAUCUGCCACUGCGAGUGUUGUUCACAGCGGAGUCCUUCUCUCUGUCCAGUAAUAUCAUCGUAGACACUGCCACCUUCCACCUUAGAUUCAUCCUGGAUGACUCUGCUCUCUACCUCUCUGACAAAUGUGAGACUGACAUCGUUGACUUGAGGAGAGAUUAUGUGUGUAUUCUGGACAUCGACCUGCUGGAACUCGCCAUCACCACAUGGAAAGGCAAUGAUUCAGGCAAACUUUCCCAGCCUCUCUUUGAGCUCCGUUGCUCCAACAAUGUGGUCCACCUCCACACCUGUGCUGAUUCCUGCGCUGCCCUUGUCAAUCUGCUGCAGUACCUGGUCUCCCAGGGUGACCUACACCCCCCGCCGCGACACGCCUCACCCACUGAAAUCGCUGGUCAGAAAUUACCAUUGUCAGAAAGUCCUGCCUCUCUGCUGCCCUGCCCUCCAGCUGAAACCGCUGAGAUCAACCAGUACGAUCUGGCUGAUGCCUUAAUUGACACAGAGAAGAGCCAUCGAGAAGAAAGUUUAGACCCAGGUUCACCCUCCAUGGCAAGAGGCUCGCCUGUCUCCGUCUACCUGUUCCCUGGUGAAGCCCCGAAACGCAGCCCCUCCGUCUUGCAGGGGGAGGACUCUGAGCUUGAUGGACUGGUUGCCACAGCAACAGAGGCUCAGGCAGAUAUGAUGUCAGAGGAAGGCUCGGAGGGCUCCACCGACAACGAUGACUUCUGCAUCCUGGAGGCUCCUGGCAUGGGCAUUCCUCCCAGGGAUGGGGAGCCUGUGGUGACGGUGUUGUCCCAGGGUCCCAUCAAGGUGAAGGACAGUCACUUCUCGAGGCCUCGAGGCAGCUCAGACCUGCUCCGAGCCCCUAGCCGCUUCCCGGUGCCCCAGAGCAGGGUGGUGCUGCGGGAGAUCUCUGUGGUCUGGCAUCUGUACGGUGGCAAGGACUUUGGCGGCAAGCCAAUGUCCAUACAUGCCCAGCAGACAAACAGAGGCCGUUCAGUCCCCGCUGGUGUUCGUGGGUCCCCGUCUCGCUGCGUCGCUUCCUCUCGUCCUCAGAACUCCUGGCGGUGGGCAGGAGGCAGCGGGCGUCAGCACACACUGCUGAUGGAAAUCCAGCUCACUAAGGUGUCCUUCCAGCAUGAGUCCUAUCCAGUGGUAGUAGCGGGGCAGGAUGGGGAGGGGUCAAUGGCAGCUGUGGUCGGAGUUGGUCCCAGUGGCGAGCAGCCCCUCUCCAGGCAGGUGUUCAUCGUCCAGGAGUUGGAGGUUCGAGACCGACUGGCCUCCUCGCAAAUCAACAAAUUCCUCUACCUCUACACCAGCGAGAGCAUGCCCCGCCGAGCCCACUCCAACAUGCUGACAGUGAAGGCCCUGCAGGUGUGUCCGGAGUCUGGCCUGGGUGGUCCAGAGUGCUGUCUUCGUGUCAGCCUGCUGCCGUUACGCCUGAAUAUCGACCAGGAUGCACUUUUCUUCCUGAAGGACUUCUUCAGUAAUCUAGCUUCCUAUGUUAACCCUUACCUGCCUGUGGACCCUGCAACUGAAGUGAAGGUAGACCCCUCCCAGAAGGUGUCUGAGGAGACGGAGGCAGCUGCUGGUCUGGGACCUGACCUCACAGCUUCUGUGGAAACUACCUACAGCGAGCAAAGCUCCUCCUCUGCCGGCUCCACCUCUUCCUCUGACCAGCCAAUCUACUUCCGGGAGUUUCGUUUCACCUCUGAAGUGCCUAUCUGGCUGGACUAUCAAGGCAAACAUGUCGUCAUUGAACAGGGAACGUUUGCAGGGAUUCUGAUCGGCCUGGCCCAGUUAAACUGUUCUGAGCUGAAGCUAAAGAGGCUGUGCUGCAGACAUGGUCUCCUCGGUGUAGACAAAGUGAUCCAGUACGCUGUCACAGAGUGGCUGACCGACAUCAGGAAGAAUCAGCUGCCGGGCAUUCUGGGAGGUGUUGGCCCCAUGCACUCGGUUGUCCAGCUGUUCCAUGGAGUGAGGGAUCUGUUCUGGUUGCCCAUCGAGCAGUACAGGAAAGAUGGACGCAUUAUUCGAGGUCUCCAGAGAGGGGCAGCAUCCUUCGGCACUUCAACAGCUUCAGCUGCUCUGGAGCUCAGCAACAGGCUGGUGCAGGCCAUACAGGCCACAGCAGAAACAGUGUAUGACAUCCUUUCUCCAACGCCUCCCCUGAAUCGCUAUGCCAUCACUGAGGGCCGGGCCCCUUCCAGCCGGCCCCGCAGAGCCGCCCAGCCUGCAGACCUCCGAGAAGGUGUGGCCAAGGCCUACGACACUGUCAGAGAGGGAGUGAUUGACACGGCUCAGACUCUGUGCGAUGUAGCAUCCCGCGGCCACGAACAGAAGGGUCUGCCUGGUGCUGUGGGCGGUGUCCUGCGGCAGAUCCCACCCACCGUAGUUCGACCCUUGAUAGUGGCCUCUGAAGCCACCUCCAAUCUGCUUGGUGGUAUGAGGAACCAGAUCAAACCAGAUGCCCGAAAGGAGGAUUUCCUGAAGUGGCGCACGGAGGACGGCCAAGAAUGAUGACUGCUUUUUGUGUCUGUGUGAGAGAGAGAAAGAGAGAGAGAGAGAGUGUGUGUGUGUGUGUGUGUGUGUGUGUGUGUGUGUGUGUGUGUGUGUGUGUGUGUGUGUGUGUGUGUGUGUGUGGUGUGUGUGUGUGUGUGUGUGUGUGUGUGUGUGUGUGUGUGUGUGUGUGUGUGUGUGUGUGUGUGUGUGUGUGUGAAAUUAUGAUUUGGGAAAGUCUCAGCUAGGGGAGCGAAUCCGGGGUUUGAAUGUGUAUUUGCAUGUGUGUAUGGACUAAUGUGUCAGCUUGCUCCAAUGCAAAAACGAAGCAACAACUAACUACUACUACUGCAGUUACUGACAUCCAGUGUUUUAUGCGGCUCCAUCAUACAUGGACAUACUAGAUUUAAUUCUUCUGUCCUGCAUUCAGCAGGAGCUCUCUUCAUAUUCCUCCUCUCAGUAAUAUGCUAGUCUGCAGAUUUUCUGUGCUGUCUGUGCUAACAUAUCACCAUCACUCUCAACCGGCUUCAUUUUCUUUUCAAAGGAAGGAUUAUCACUCUCAAGGUUUUCAUUGUUUGUAAGAAAGAUGCAGAUUGUGGGCAUUUCAUGUACUCUGAAUUUUUCUGCUUUAACCUGUUUGUAUUCUAAUUUAAAGUAGGGAUUUUGAUGUAAGUUUACCUACUUCAUGUGGAAGCAAAAAAGUCUUAGGGUAUCACAACUCCAGCAGCACUUAGCAACAGUAUAAAGAACAACUGUAUUGUAAGACCAUCAUGUUUAAUAUCAGUUCACGUUUUUGGCUGCAGCAUGUGAUGAAUCGACAAGUACUGUGACCUGAGCUUUGGUCUACUUGUUGUUCAGUGAUGCUCAUAGAGGAGACAACGAGGAUAUAUCAAUCAAGUGUCCUUUGCUAACACCCUCCAGAUGUUGGCAAAGGGCUUUCACCCUGAUUUCACAAAGCCACGUUGUGUGACUGGUUCAGGUUUAGCCCCACUACGCGCCCACUACUCUCAGUGCUGUUAUUUGUGCCAUAAACCUUGCAGAGUGCCCUUUUUGACUAGUGUGUUUGUUGCCUUCCUCAAUCCUGUACCCUCUCUAAUACAAAUAUAACACACCCUGGCUCAUAUUGAUACUAACUGAAUAAAACACCAGGUCACAUGAAGUCUCUAAAUUCUGUAGUACAUUGGAUUCUGUUAAAGCUUCACAAAGUCGAGUUGGAUUUGAAUUGUUAAUUGUUUUACAAAUUGAUGACAGUCAAUGGCUCUUUUACCUAUAUCACAGCUCUUUUGUGCUUCUGUUCCCAUGAGGAGUUUAGGACCAGAGCCUGCGAUCUGAAUUAACCUACUAUCUCCUCAGAAUUGCUUUGCCCUUUUCUUUAGUAGCCCUUUUGCAUUUUUUAAGUUUCUUUAUUUGUUUUUUGUUUGUUUUUUUUAUUUUGUUGAAACAUUAAUAUUGUCUCAUUUUCAAAACAAGAGUUGAGAUGAUGGAAAUCUGGUGAUAAUGGAGGAAGAAUAAUUAGGGUUUUGUGAUUUUAAAAAAGUUUUACAUUUUUAUCUUUUUUGUUUAAUAAGCGUAAGGGAUAUGUGUCCCUCUGUGUUUGUAUGUGUGUGUGUGUAUGUGAGUGAGAGAGUGUGUGUUUGUGUGCGCGCAUGAUGCAUGUCUGUGAGGUUGUCAGGCUGUUGCUUGUUACACCUCUUGUGUGUAAUUACUAUUUACUAUAUCAUAAACUGUAUGAAUGACCUGUAUAUUACAAAGACAAGGAGUAUACAAAAUUAAUACAAAAAAUAAAAAAUUUGGUAUAAAAACUGAA